AUGUCCAUGGCAGAUGGAGCUACUGGAAAACAGAUAUGGAAGUCAACAGACUGGUCGCAUACCAAACAGAUUGAAAGUAGCGAGGAUGAUAUCAAAGCAGUUCAUAUACCCAGUUCUAUCCUAAAAUGCUCAAGUGUAGCUCGAUGUUUAGAAUUUUCAACAAUAGAUGCAAUUCAGCAUUUGAAUCUGCACCAACGUGUCCUACUUGGUGACGAAUGUUUCGAAGAAUGGCAUUUUGAUUUUGGAUUUGUGAUUCCAAACUCUACAAAUUCAUGGGAUAUGGAAAUGCAAGCUGCUCCACCCGAUCAAAUGCUUCCAGCUGAAUUAAUGAGUGGCAAACUGAUAAUUGAAACUCGAUUAAUGGAUGAGACCAAGGUGAUUCAUUUGACACGGACAAGAGUGUUUUAUACAUAG